AACCUAUUCCUUCUUCCUUACUCCACACUCCGGAUUACCUUGUCACGAUAUCUAUUUAGGACCUCGUCAGGACCUCAUCAGGACCUCACUCGUUCCCUGAGCUGAUUGCUUUGGCACUCUUACCCUCUCUUUGCUCUGUGUCACCCUCUCUUGCCAUCGAGUUUAAACCCCGCUCACUGCUUGCUUCCCCCCACCAGCCGCCAUUCUGGCUGCUGCGAAAUCCUCGAUUAAUCGAAUGAUCCAAGGACACCCCCACGCAGUUAGAAGUGCUCUUGCUAUGAUUGAAUAACACGUGCUUGUGGACUCUUACAUACUUAGACGCUCAGAAGAACAAAUAGCGACAAAAUUGUCUCAAAGCUGGUAGUUCUCAUCCGGAGACCGAUUGCCACCCAUGCCUACCCUAUCGUUGAUCAAUUUCAACAUAGUCUGUGCGACCUUAGGAGGAUUCAUCUCCCUCUUUGGAUUAGUCUCCUACUUAUUCAAGGAGAGAUUAUACCUAUCUGAAGCCUUAAUCUCCUUGCUUGCCGGAGUCAUCUUCUCCCCGCAUGCCGCCAACUUCAUUCGACCCGAGGAGUAUGCCCUUGGGUCGGAGCAGAACCUGGGGGAAAUCACCAUGUACUUCACCCGGCUUGUUCUAGGGGUCCAGCUCGUCCUAGCCGGGGUGCAGCUCCCCAAACGGUACCUGCAGCUGGAAUGGAGGAGUCUAUCUCUGCUCCUGGGACCGGGCAUGGCGGCCAUGUGGAUGUGCAGCAGUCUAGUUAUCUGGGCCAUGGUCCCGGAUUUCCCGUUCUUGCAUGCCCUCGUCGUGGCCGCCUGUAUCACCCCGACGGACCCGGUGCUUUCCAACUCGAUCGUCAAGGGGAAAUUCGCCGAUAAGCAUGUGCCCCGUCCGCUGCAGCGCAUCAUCGUCGCGGAGUCUGGGGCCAAUGACGGCCUGGGGUACCCAUUCCUGUAUUUCGGCCUGUAUCUGCUCAAGUAUGUCGAGAUGGGAGGUGAGGCCUACAGUGGUGGUGCGGGGAAGGCCAUAGGGUUAUGGUUCUAUGAGACCUGGGCGUAUACCGUGCUCUUGAGUGUGGUCUAUGGCAUCACGGUCGGUUGGAUCUCCCGCGAGCUGCUCCAUUGGGCAGAGGAGCAUCAUUACGUGGAUCGAGAGAGUUUUCUCGUUUUCGCGAUCGCUCUUUCGCUGUUCAUUGUCGGUACUUGUGGAUUGAUUGGGACCGAUGAUUUGCUUGCCUGCUUCGUGGCUGGUAAUGUGUUUACGCAAGACGACUGGUUUCGACUCGAGACGAUGGAUGACUCGUUGCAGCCCACUAUCGAUAUGCUUCUUAACUUGGCGGUCUUCAUGUGGUUUGGCGCCGUCUGCCCCUGGUCGUCGUUCCUCAACAACAGUGUCAUUCCGAUUUAUCGGUUGAUUUUUCUGGGCAUUCUGAUUCUGCUCGUCCGUCGCAUGCCGAUUGUGUUUGCCAUGCACAAGUACAUUCACCAGAUCGAGCACCUGUACCAAGCGGGGUUUGUGGGCUUUUUCGGACCCAUCGGCGUAGGAGCCAUUUUCUACUUGUCGGUGUGUCGGGAAUUCCUGCAGGGAGUUACAGCCAACGGCACCGUGCGUGAAGACGCGCAGAAGCUUUCCGAGGCAGUCGAUGUCAUUGUGUGGUUCCUGGUCAUCUGCAGCAUUGUUGUACACGGCCUCUCCAUACCGCUGGCUAAAGCGGGCUACCAUCUGCCCCGAACUAUCUCGCAGGCUCUCAGCACCAGCGCGACCCAAGAACAAGAACCUAUCCCCAUUGAAAACAUCAGCUUCACCCAUAGUACCGCGACGCGCAACUCAGAGUUGUCGCACAGUCGGGGCCGGAAACGCGGUGCUGGUACCACGUCCAGGGAUCCACCCCAGCAGACAGUUUUCCAGAUUGGCCGCCCGCUGGUUCCGACGGCAUCUCCGCGCGAUCAAAUCGGGGUUGGUGGUGCGGACGAACCCGCUCGGCCGGUGAAUCUGGUCACUCAUGAUAAUGAGGCUGAAAAUGCGGCUUAAGGUGUGGUGGUGGGGCUGCAGGGGGAGCUGAAGCCUGG